AUGGAAGAUCAUGGUGGCAAAGGCAAGCUUUCCAAACCCAUGAUGGACUUCAAAAAGUGCCUUCACACUGCAAAUCUUGAGGAUCUCAACUUCUCAGGGGUGCUCCAUUCUUGGUCAAAUAGAAGUCCUGGGAUCACAAACAUUGCAAGGAAACUUAAUAGAGUCCUUAUUAAUGAUUCUUGGAACCACAUUUUCCCUUUAUCCUACUGCAGCUUCCUUACCCCAAGUAUCUCGGAUCAUACCCCAAUGAUCAUUAACCUUGGAAACCCAAAACCACAGAGAAAAGUCCCAUUCAGAUACUUCAAUAGCUGGAGUGAUCAUGAUGAUUUCUUACCCCUGGUGCAAUCCCAUUGGAAUACUCUUAUUACAGGCCAUAUUAUAUUCCAAGUGGUCUCCAAACUGAAGAACCUCAAGCAGCCUUUGAAAUCCAAGUUUGGAAAGCCUCUAAGCUCCCUUCAGGAUGAAAUUCAGAGGGUUAAAGCUUCCCUCUCCUCAUGCCAAAUGGCCCUCGACUCAGCACCUAACAACCUAGCAUUGAGGACACAAGAAAAACAUCUCCUCCACUCCCUUACAUCACUUAUGCUCAAUGAGGAGAAAAACUGUAAACAAAAAUCAAGAAUCCAAUGGCUCAAAUGUGGUGACUCAAAUACCUCCUACUUCUACAAAUCCAUUGCAUCCAGAAGCAACAGAAACAAAAUUGUAUCCAUUACUUCCUCAGAUGGUAUUCCACUUGACACAGAAGCAGCCAUUAAGAAUGAAAUUGUAUCCUUCUUUCAUCAAUGCCUUGGGAUGAACCCCCAUCCCCCCCAAGAAUUGGAGCAGCUGCAGACCUUCAUCCAGCCUGUUGUACCUAAUUCCUUCACUGAAUUAUUGUGUUUAAUCCCUACAUACACUGAAAUCAAGCUAUGCCUUUUCUCCCUCAACAGUGGCAAGGCUCCAGGACCUGAUGGUUAUAAUGCACAUUUCUUCAAAAAAGCUUGGCCAGUUAUUGGUGAGGAUGUUACAAGGGCAGUUAGAGAUUUCUUCACAACUGGGAAGCUACUCAGAGAGGUAAACUCCACCUAUAUUUCCCUUGUCCCAAAAGUGCCUAACCCCUUCAUUAUCAGUCAGUUCAGACCAAUCUCAUGUUGCUCUACUAUUUACAAAUGCAUUUCAAAGCUACUUGCUAAUAAGCUUAAACCAACCCUACCCUCAACUAUAGAUCAAGCUCAAUCAGCCUUUAUUCAGGGUAGGCAAAUAGAUGACAAUAUCUUGCUUGCUCAGGAGCUCCUUAAUGGAUACCACAGGCACAACAACUCUCCUAGAUGCUCACUGAAGAUUGGCCUCAAGAAGGCAUUUGACUCAGUGUCAUGGGAUUUCCUUCUCAAAUCCAUGAAAUUGAUGGGUUAUCCAGACAUUUUUGUCAAUUGGAUCCAAACCUGUAUCACCACUCUAUUAUUUACUAUUUCCAUUAAUGGUGAAUUUAAUGGAUUCUUUAACAGUGUUAAGGGGUUGAGACAAGGAGACCCCUUGUCACCCUUUUUGUUUGUUCUUGUGAUGCAGUUAGAGGCUAACAUACUGUCUCUCUUUGGGUUUGAGAAAGGGCUGCUUCCUGUAAGAUACCUUGGUGUUCCCUUGAUCACAACAAUGUUGAGAUCAAGUGACUGUAGAGCAAUUAUUGACAAAAUCAACCUCAGGAUUACUCAUUGGUCUAGCAAAAACCUCUCCUUUGCUGGAAGAUUGCAGCUUAUCAAAGCACUCUUGUUCUCAACUCAAGUUUAUUGGUGCUCCAAGUUCAACCUUCCAAUGGCCAUAAUUCAUGAAAUGGAUUGCUUGUUUCGAUCAUUCCUUUGGUCUAGGCCCUCCCUCAAGAAAUCAGGCUGCAAAGUUGCUUGGGAGCAUUGUUGUCUUCCUAAGAAGGCUGAAGGGCUUGGCAUCCCUAAUCUUGCACUGUGGAAUGAGGCCAACAAUACUCCCUUGCCAUGUCCAGAGAAGUGUGACAAAGUUAAAUGGAUUCCAUCACCAAAUGGAAAGUUCUCAAUUGGCCAUACACUUAACCAUUUUGACAAACACUUGCCAAGCAUCCCAUGGACUCACUUAGUCUGGUCUAAAAAUUUCGUCCCCAAGCUCUCUUUUACACUAUGGGUUGCUGUCCAAAUGAGACUGCCUACGCUGAAUAGAAGGUGCACAUCUCACAUCAAUGCCACUACUUGUACCUUAUGUAACUCAUUCGAGUUAGAAACCCAUGACCACUUAUUCUUCAAGUGUGAUUUCACAAGACCACUGUGGUCAUUCAUUCAAGCAAAAUGUGGCUUCUACAUCAAUUCAUCAUCUUGGCGGAAUCUUGUUCUCUGGGCAUCUCAUCACUGGAAAUCCAACUCUGGUGUCCAUUACAGCUCAAUUACAAAACUUGCCCUAGCGUCUCUUAUGUAUAACAUUUGGAUGGAGCGCAAUCGAAAGAUAGUUAAGAAGUCAUCCUUGUCCCAAAAUGCCCUGCUCCAGCAAGUCAUUGAUUUGAUCAGGCUGAAGCUUAUGUCCUCAAAAUUCGCAGAUUCUCCAACUUCCAGGCGUAUAAUUGAAGAUUGGGAACUCUCUGCUUUUGUUAUUCGACCACCGGCAAAGCCUCCAGACACUCGCUAA